AUGGAGCACGACGAGCAGGUGUCGCCUCAGGUGUCCGAGGGCGGCUGCACCUGCAGCAGCAGCAACAACAGCAACACCAUCCGCAGCAGCUCCCUCAACGCGUCGUCGCCGAGCUCCAGCGACGACUCCGGCGGUGCCGGUGGCAAUGGCAAGCAGGGCACGAAGAAGCGGCCGCGCAGGGACCUGAAGCACCCGACAUACCGCGGCGUGCGCAUGCGCAGCUGGGGCAAGUGGGUGUCUGAGAUCCGGGAGCCCCGCAAGAAGUCGCGCAUCUGGCUCGGCACGUUCGACGACCCGGAGUCGGCCGCGCGGGCGCACGACGCCGCCGCCGUCGCCAUCAAGGGCCGCGCCGCGCACCUCAACUUCCCCGAGCUGGCACACGAGCUGCCCCGCGCCGCGUCGGCGGCGCCCAAGGACGUGCAGGCCGCCGCCGCGCUCGCCGCGGCCACUGUGGCGGCGGCGGCUUCACCCAUCGUCAUCCCGUCCUGCGCCCACGCCCACGCCACGGCGAUGCCGACACCGAGACGGAGGAGCUGCCGCCGCCUGAGCGUGCAAUGCCGGAAGAAUGCGACACUGAGAACCAAGCUCAGCUCGAGCAGCUGGGUGGCGACGACAUUGACAUUGGACUGGGCUAUACCUUCUUGGACGUGCCAGACGCUCUAG